CACCAUUCCUGGCCCCGAGGUAAGUGGUAUAUGUACGGUCUCUGCCUGCUGCAGUCAAACAUGACCUACAACAAGCAUCGGUAGCACACAGCAUUGUUCAUUCGUUUUAGACAAUGUCUAGCUCUUCCCUUGACGAUAAGGAGAAGGACUGGCGCUUGAACGAUACUGAGGUGGUGGCGGAGAGCAAAAAAGAAUAUGGGCCAAUUGUGACAGAGCCAUUGGAGACCGUUGGCACCGAGAAGGAGCUGAAGGCUAAUAUUGAGAAGCGCAGUACACGAGGGAACCUCUCCCGACUCCAGAGCAGCACCAGUGGCGUCACUGACUUCAGCGACGAUGUCUCCUCUGCGAAGAGCUCACGGAGCGCAAAGAAGAAAUGGUACAAGAGAAUGAAUCCCCUCAAGUGGGGUGCAAAACCCCCAAUUCCCGAUUCGAGGCAGGUCUGCAGAGAGUAUAAUGCGGGGUGGUUCAGUUUACUCACCUUCCAAUGGAUGGCACCUCUCAUGACUGUUGGAUACCAACGCCCUCUUGAACACAAUGACAUAUGGACUGUCAAUCCGAAUAGAAGUGCGGAUGUCUUGGUUGCACGACUUCAAACAUCUCUUAAGAGGCGGAAAGAGCAAGGUGGCAAACGACCUCUACUUGGCGCUCUCUUCGACACCUUCAAGUUUGAAUUUAUCGUUGGUGGCCUGUGUCAGCUCUUAGCCAGUGUGGUUCAGUCCGUGGCACCUUUCGUUCUCCGAUAUCUGAUCAACUUCGCCUUGAAAGCCUAUAUUGCCCAACGAACUGGCCUUCCUGCACCGCACAUUGGAGAAGGGGUUGGCCUAGUCAUAGGAAUCACAGCAAUGCAAUUCACCCAGAGCAUGGCAACGAAUCACUUUAUGUACCGUGGUAUGAUGGUUGGUGGUCAGGCAAGAGCUGUGCUGAUAGCUGUCAUCUUCGACAAGGCUAUGAAACUCUCAGGUCGAGCUAAGGCAGGUGGGCAGGCAAUUACCGAAGCUCCGCCACCAGAGAUCAAACCGGGAAGCGAAGCGGAGAAGAAGUGGUACAAGAAACUGCUUAAAAAGAAGCAAAAGGAAGCGCAAGUCCCCGUGGGUAGAGACGGCGUCAUGGGAGAUGGUCAAGGGUGGGGCAAUGGCAGGAUUAUCAACCUGAUGUCGACCGAUACAUAUCGUGUUGACCAAGCGAGCGGCUUUUUCCAUAUGAUCUGGACAUCUCCAAUUGCCAUCCUGGUGACGAUAGCGCUGCUGCUUGUCAAUCUAACCUACAGUGCCCUCUCUGGUUUGGGACUUCUGAUGAUUACGAUGCCCCUCCUUGGUCGCGCUGUUCGAACCUUAUUCCGUCGCAGAGUGGGAAUCAAUAAGAUCACUGAUCAGCGCGUCAGCCUUACCCAGGAGAUUCUACAAGCAGUUCGUUUCGUCAAGUACUUUGGAUGGGAGACUAGCUUCCUCGAGCGCGUCGAUUUGAUUCGAAAGAGAGAGAUCCACGGUGUUCAGAUCCUCCUUGCAAUUCGAAACGGCAUCCUAGCUAUUGGCAUGUCCAUGCCCGUGUUCGCAUCAAUGUUGUCCUUCAUUACUUACUCGCUAUCAAAUCACGCUCUUAACCCGGCUCCCAUCUUCUCCUCUCUCGCUCUUUUCAAUUCUCUUCGACUUCCUCUAAAUUUUCUUCCUCUGGUUAUUGGUCAAGUCAUUGAUGCGAAUGCAUCAGUGAAACGAAUCCAGGAGUUCUUGCUAGCUGAAGAGGCUCAGGAAGACACCGAAUGGAACUACGAAGCCAAGGACGCUGUGGUGCUAAGAGAUGCAGACUUCACUUGGGAGCGUUCACGAACACAAGACAAUGACGAUCUUCCCAUAAAAGGGCCACCUCGCGGGUCUCCAGUAAAAAAACCCGGAAAGGACAAGCCCAAGAAGAAGGAUAAGAGAUCUAGCGUGGAGCCGGAGAAUAAUUCGAGUACCCCUAGCCCUCCUGGUACGGCGCAAUCCCCUAAAGAAGAUGAACCUCCAUUCAGAAUGAAGAGUUUAGAUAUCACGAUCGGACGGAAAGAGCUUGUUGCUGUCAUUGGUACUGUUGGUUCUGGAAAGAGUUCAUUGCUGGCCGCGUUAGCUGGAGAUAUGCGAAAGACGAAUGGUGAGAUCAUGAUCGGUGCGUCCCGCGCCUUUUGCCCCCAGUAUGCCUGGAUCCAAAAUACGACCGUCAAGCAGAACAUCAUUUUCGGCAAAGAGUUUAGAAGAGAUUGGUACAACAAAGUCAUCGACGCCUGUGCGCUUCGCCCGGACUUGGAAAUGCUGCCCAAUGGCGAUCAGACAGAAAUUGGCGAGCGAGGUAUUACUGUUUCAGGAGGCCAGAAGCAACGACUGAACAUUGCUCGUGCGAUCUACUUCGAUGCCGACAUAGUGCUCAUGGAUGAUCCUUUAUCGGCUGUCGAUGCCCACGUUGGUCGUCACAUCAUGGACAACGCCAUUUGCGGACUUCUCAAAGAUAAGUGUCGUAUCCUAGCGACUCACCAACUCCAUGUCCUCAACCGCUGUGACAGGAUCAUCUGGGUCGAGGAAGGUCGCAUUCAAGCUGUUGAUACCUUUGACAAUCUCAUGUCCACCAACGACGAUUUCCAGAAACUGAUGGCCACGACUGCAACGGAGGAGAAGAAGGACGAUGAGGAGCAUGUUAUCGAGGACGAAGUUGAGGACGAGAACAAGGGUGCGAAGAAACGGAAAGGAAAGAAAGCGGCAGCGCUGAUGCAAGAGGAAGAACGCGCGGUGAAGUCCGUUUCCUGGAGUGUUUGGAUCGCCUAUAUCAGAGCGGGAGGAGGACUCUGGGUUGGGCCUCUUGUCUUGAUUCUUCUCAUUGCUUCCCAGGGGGCGAACAUUGUCACCAGCUUGUGGCUUUCAUGGUGGACUUCGAACAAGUUCGGGUUCUCUGAAGGCACAUAUAUCGGUGUUUAUUCAGCCCUUGGCGCUUCCCAGGCCUUGCUCAUGUUCGCCUUCUCGAUUGCGGUCUCUGUGUUCGGAACCGAAGCUGGGAAGGUCAUGCUUCAUCGUGCUAUCCACCGCGUUCUUCGAGCCCCUAUGUCCUUCUUUGAUACCACCCCUCUUGGGCGAAUCACCAACCGCUUCUCCAAGGAUAUCGAUGUCAUGGACAACACACUCACGGACGCCAUCCGUAUGUACUUCAUGACCCUCGCCAUGAUCAUCUCUGUCUUCAUCCUCAUCAUCGUGUACUUCCACUAUUUCGCCAUCGCCUUGGGACCACUCUUCAUUGUGUUUUUCUUUUCCGCGGCGUACUACAGAGCUUCUGCCCGUGAGGUUAAGCGGCACGAAUCUGUCCUUCGAAGCAACGUUUUCGCUCGGUUUAGCGAAGCAGUCAUGGGUACCUCGACGAUUCGAGCAUACGGAUUGCAGGACCAGUUUUCUCGAUCAGUGCGAGAAGCAAUCGACGAUAUGAACAGUGCAUAUUAUUUGACAUUUGCAAAUCAGCGUUGGCUUAGCGUUCGGCUUGAUGUUAUCGGCAUUUUACUUGUUUUCACGACCGGCAUUUUGGUCGUCACUUCUCGAUUCUCGGUCAAUCCUAGCAUUGGUGGUUUGGUACUUUCGUACAUACUUACUAUCGUACAAAUGAUCCAAUUCACGGUUCGGCAGCUCGCAGAGGUCGAAAACAACAUGAAUGCGACGGAGCGUAUUCACCACUAUGGCACGCAACUCGAGGAAGAGGCACCACUCCAUAUUGGGGACGUCAGGCGGACUUGGCCGGAGCAUGGGGAGAUCACCUUCGACAACGUACAGAUGCGCUACAGAAAUGGUCUGCCAUUGGUUCUGAAAGGGUUCAACAUGCACGUGGCAGCGGGGGAGCGCAUAGGGGUGGUGGGUCGGACGGGUGCUGGCAAGUCCAGUAUCAUGAGCACUCUCUUCCGUUUGGUAGAGUUGUCUGGGGGCUCUAUCACCAUCGAUGGUGUCGACAUUAGCACCGUUGGUCUCCACGAUCUCCGCUCCAAGCUCGCGAUCAUCCCGCAGGACCCAACGCUCUUUAAAGGGACGAUCCGAUCGAACUUGGAUCCCUUCAACGAGCACACGGACUUAGAACUAUGGUCGGCGCUCCGCCAAGCAGACUUGGUAUCCAACGAUGCAUCAAUGGACGACAAGUCGGGUCGCAUCCAUCUCGACUCAGUCGUUGAGGAAGAAGGCUUGAACUUCUCGCUUGGCCAGCGUCAACUCAUGGCUCUCGCGCGUGCACUAGUCCGCGGGUCGCAAAUCAUCGUGUGCGACGAAGCGACCUCCUCCGUCGACUUCGAGACGGACCAGAAGAUCCAGAAGACAAUUGUCGACGGGUUCAAGGGCAAAACGCUCCUCUGCAUUGCGCAUCGGCUGAAGACUAUUAUUGGCUACGACCGCAUCUGCGUCAUGGACGCCGGCAGCAUCGCGGAGCUGGACACACCAUUGCAUCUCUACGACGCGGGCGGCAUUUUUAGGGGUAUGUGCGACCGCAGUGGCAUUCGGAGAGAAGACUUCUUUUCAACUUAAAUUCAACUAAAAGUAAAUGCUGAGGGAUACGGAAAAUGAAGGCACAAUAUGUAAUUUGUGGAAAGCGAUGGGCAAGUCUCUAUUCUGUUGGGUGCGGAAAUUGGAGCACAGAUUGGAAGGCAUUUUGGCGGCGUUUGAGCACACGUCAGGUUCUUCCUUUUGAUUCGCUCCUCUCGCCUAGGCUUGGGGGGAAAAUUCGUGGGACUCUUGGGCGAUUCGUUUUGGUAUCUCCGAGGGAGAGCAGGGUCUGGAUUAGAUCACGGCUCAUGAAAUGCACGUCGUGGACCGCAGCAAUCGCGCAAGACCUGGAGGCAGUGACACAGCGUCUUUCGAUUUAUUGUAUUGGCACCGUGUGCUUUUCUGGCGUGCCGCGUGGGCAAUAUUGGUGACGAAUCAAGCAAAGAUGCCAAUUUCACCACGACACAGG